CCCCGCCUCCCCGCCGGCGGGGAGGGACCGGCCCGCCCUCCGCCCGCCCGCCGGAGAGUGAGCGGCGCCGGGGCCGCCCCGCCAGCCCGCCGUUCCCCGGCCGCCGUCCGGGCGCGCGCAGCGAGCGGGCGCGACUAUGCCAAGAUGGUCCUGCAGGCGCGGAACAAGCACCGGGAGGCGGCCCCCAAGCCGCCCCAGCCACCCCGCGCCUCGCAGUCGCCGCUGAGGGGGGCGCCAGAUGUCGGCGCCGGGGAGCCCGGGCCCGAGCGCGCGCCCUCGUCCCCUCGGCGCAAGGGCGCCGCGGGCAGGAAGGGGCCCCGCGCCGAGCCCGCCACGCCGCUCGCCGGGGGCGGCCUCGGGGGGCGCUUGGCGGCCGGGCUGCGCGGGGCGCUGGGCCUGCGGCUCUCGGGGCGCGGCCGGACCUGGACCACGCUCCUGCUAGCUGCCUUUGCAGCAGUGUUGCACUGGAGCCAUAUAACACACCUCUUUGAAAAUGAUCGUCAUUUUUCUCACCUCUCAACAUUGGAAAGGGAGAUGGCUUUUCGCACUGAAAUGGGACUAUAUUAUUCCUACUUUAAGACUAUUGUGGAAGCACCCUCAUUUUUGGAUGGAGUAUGGAUGAUUAUGAAUGAUAAGCUGACUGAAUAUCCCCUUGUUAUUAAUACAUUAAAAAGGUUCAAUCUUUACCCUGAGGUAGUCUUAGCCAGCUGGUACAGGAUUUAUAUCAAAAUAAUGGACUUGAUUGGUAUUCAAACCAAGAUAUGUUGGACAGUUACCAGAGGAGAAGGACUCAGCCCAAUUGAAAGCUGUGAAGGAUUGGGAGAUCCUGCUUGCUUUUAUGUUGCUGUAAUUUUUAUUUUAAAUGGACUGAUGAUGGCAUUAUUCUUCAUAUAUGGCACAUAUUUAAGCGGCAGUCGAUUAGGAGGCCUGGUCACAGUGUUGUGCUUCUUUUUCAAUCAUGGAGAGUGUACCCGUGUGAUGUGGACACCUCCUCUCCGCGAAAGCUUCUCGUAUCCGUUCCUUGUACUUCAGAUGUUGCUUGUGACUCAUAUUCUCAGGGCUACAAAACUUUAUAGAGGAAGCUUGAUUGCACUCUGCAUUUCCAAUGUAUUUUUCAUGCUCCCAUGGCAGUUUGCUCAAUUUGUACUUCUUACUCAGAUUGCAUCAUUAUUUGCAGUAUAUGUUGUGGGAUACAUUGAUAUAUGCAAACUACGGAAGAUCAUUUAUAUGCACAUGAUUUCUCUUGCACUUUGUUUUGUUUUGAUGUUUGGAAACUCAAUGUUAUUAACUUCUUAUUAUGCUUCCUCUUUGGUAAUUAUUUGGGGUUUACUGGCAAUGAAACCAUGUUUCCUGAAAAUAAAUGUAUCUGAACUUAGUUUAUGGGUUAUCCAAGGAUGUUUUUGGUUAUUUGGAACUGUCAUACUCAAGUAUUUGACAUCUAAGAUCUUUGGCAUUGCAGAUGAUGCUCAUAUUGGCAACUUAUUAACAUCAAAAUUCUUCAGUUACAAGGAUUUUGACACUUUAUUGUAUACCUGUGCAGCGGAGUUUGAUUUUAUGGAGAAGGAGACUCCACUGAGGUAUACAAAGACAUUAUUGCUUCCAGUUGUUCUUGUCGUGUUUUUUGCAAUCAUUAGAAAGAUUAUUAGUGACAUGUGGGGUGUCUUAACUAAACAACAAACACAUAUAAGAAAACACCAAUUUGAUCAUGGAGAGCUGGUUUAUCAUGCAUUGCAACUGUUAGCAUAUACAGUCCUUGGUGUUUUAAUUAUGAGACUAAAACUCUUUUUGACGCCACACAUGUGCGUUAUGGCUUCCUUGAUCUGCUCAAGACAGCUAUUUGGAUGGCUCUUUUGCAAAGUACAUCCUGGUGCUGUUGUUUUUGCUGUGUUAGCAGCCAUGUCGAUACAAGGUUCAGCAAAUCUGCAAACCCAGUGGAAUAUUGUAGGGGAAUUCAGCAAUUUGCCGCAAGAAGAACUUAUAGAAUGGAUUAAAUAUAGCACUAAACCAGAUGCAGUGUUUGCAGGUGCCAUGCCCACAAUGGCAAGUGUUAAACUCUCUGCACUUCGGCCCAUUGUGAAUCAUCCACAUUAUGAAGAUGCAGGUUUGAGAGCCAGAACGAAAAUAGUAUAUUCAAUGUAUAGUCGAAAAGCAGCUGAAGAAGUGAAGCGAGAAUUGAUAAAGUUACAAGUGAAUUACUACGUUCUGGAAGAGUCCUGGUGUAUAAGAAGAUCCAAGCCUGGUUGCAGUAUGCCUGAAAUCUGGGAUGUGGAAGAUCCUGCUAAUGCUGGGAAACCUCCCUUAUGUAACCUCUUAGUAAAGGAGUCCAAGCCUCACUUCACCACUGUAUUCCAGAAUAGUGUUUACAAAGUCUUAGAAGUUAUAGAGGAAUGACCGCUGCCUACAGAGAAGUCCACCAGUAAUGGUUUUCAUGUUUUGCUAAUAACUCAUGCCUUGUUUUUAAUUCAAAUCCCCAAAGCUUUUAUAAGUAACUGUUUUCAAAUGAAAAACGUCUUAUUUGGUCAAUUUGAAUGUCAUUCUGAUUGUGAAAAUACUUAUACGUUUAUCAGUUGGUUACUAUUUCAAUGCAUCCCUUAAAAUUUGCUAUGCAAAUGAGUAUAUGCUUGUACUUGACUUAAAUAUUUGUCCUAAAGUGAGCAAAGCUACCUGUAUAAAAAAUAUGGUGGGUCGUGACAAGGGUGAUAUGAAAAUAUAGUCACUUUCGAACUGUUUAGGGGCUCAUUUUACAGUUCGUGGACUAUUGAUGCCACUUGCUUUUUUCUCUGCGUUUUGCUCUUGUCUUUUGAACAUUUCAGCGAUUAUUGUAAGUUCCUCAGUCAAGUCAGCCCCUGUCAUCAACUUCAGUAAGAAUAGAUGGGGCAGACAUGGGUAUUUGCUAUGUAGAACUCUGUUUGUUUCACUUCUUCACAUUCUUUUGUUCUCUGUUGCUCUCGUUAAUGAAGCAUUUCCUGCCUGUUAUUAAGCCAAGCUCUUGGACCUAGUCCUUAAGACCAAAUUCCUGUUAACUACCAACCAUGUGGCAUUAGUGUGUGUGUGUGUGUGUGUCUGUCUGUCUGUCUUUCUCAAUAUUCUUUGUCAAAUAAGUGCUAUUUACACAUUUAGUUGCUUAUCAAGUACUUAUUCUUGGUUUAAAAAAUUUAAUGACAAUUGUGUAUUUUUAGUAUUAUUCAUUUUUAGUAUUGUUCAAAUGUUUAUAUUUUAAUAACUUUAAAUAACUUUAAAAUUUUUCAUGUAUAAUUGUAGUCUUAAGAAAAACUAUUUUGAACAACCACAAAUAUAAUGCAUCUAGAAACUAAUGUAUAUUUGAGUAGACAUAAUUUAUAGUGGAACAGUAGACUGUAGUAUGUGGUAAUUUUUCUUUUACUAUUAAGAUACAAUAAAAUAUGACUAAUUUUUUUGUCAGACAAGUAAAUGAAUAAUGAUAAGUGAAUGGAGUUUUUAUAUUUUACUUUUAAAAUUGCCUGUCUUUAAUAAGACGAAGCCUUAAACCUUAUGUUAUAAUUUUGGUUCCAGAAAGCAUCAUUUCAGUGUGAGGAAUGAAUAUAUUCAGCCUUCCUCUUUGUUUUUUUUCUUUCCUGUUUAUUUUUAUUUGGAAAAUUUUCCAACCUGCUUUAAAUUCCUAGUAUGAAUUUUUGUUUCUUAGAAGUUAAUUUGUGUGAAAUUAGAUUCUUCAAAACAGUGAAUCCUCAUAGUUUUGAGAAAUGGUUUUAAGAUUUAACGUUCUAAGCAAACCAUGACUCUGGUGGACUACACGUUUAAUUACACAGUGUUCUCUUUAUUAACCACAGGCAGAUUAACCUCAUUGUGGAUUGUCCUUGAGACCUGAGUCCUCAGGGAUGGUUUCCGGUGCCCACUCCGGGGAGCCAGUGAAGAGCUGUUCUCUUUCUGCCUUCUCACCAGAGCCCAAGGACAAGCCUGGUCUGGGGGAAGCACUAGCUUGCUUAGAGCAGACAGCUGCCGAGACAGCCUGGGCUGAGGACUGUGCAGCCCCCAGCCUGCCCCAGAGCCCGCCUUUCCCAGGGAGCCUCCUUCCAGCGGAGAUUGUCAGUGUCUUCAGGUGCCUGCCCCCUUUUUCUCACUUACCGGGUGACUUAUUUCUUGGUCUUUUGCCAGUUUCAGAAAACAAGGAAGCAUCUGGGGAGUUGUGGAUUAGGAGUAGAAUUUGAGCAGUGAUGAAGCAAUGCAGAAAAAUGGCAAGUGGGCACUUGAGGUCGAGGAGGAUGAGAAGCACCACGGGCAGGAAGAGCGGAAGUGUGUGCUCUGCUUUAUUUGCCAUUAUUUCUCUCGUAAAUAUGUUUUGUACAUCCAGCAAUUACAAUUUUUUUAAAAAAAUUUUACUUUUAGUUAUUCUCUAUUCUUCCCACCUUUCAGUAAUUCCUUUCCCAGUAAGUUCACAUGUAAUUAUUUGAAAUUCUAUAUAGGAAAAACAUUAAAAUACUGUUAUAACUGUUUCAUAUGCUGGGAAAAGAUAAAAGUAAUCAAAUUAGUUUUUUGUUUAUUUUUUUCAGAAAACUCCUUUUGUAACAGUAUUUAUUGAUGUAACUCCACCAGCAAGCUAUGAGUAUAUUUUAGGCCAGUCAGUUUAGAACAGAGGCCUUGGGCUACACUGCACACUCAGCCUUGGUCACAUCUGGUAGCAGCCGGUGCUGUAGAUUUUGAAUAUCUUUUAUGGCAGCACAGAGUAGUGGUAGGUUCGAUAUACAUGACAAAAUAGUAUUAAAGCUCAGUAUUUUAUGCAUUUUUAGCAUUUAAAAAUAUUUUGCUUUAGUGUGAGGAAGGUUAGGAUGGGCAAGGAAGUGAUAAAAUAGCUAUUGGUAUGACAUAAAAAAAAACAAAGUUGGGGCAGUAUUUCUAUAAAAAGAUAAGCCUCUAAAAUUGCUUAGAAACAGCAUAAUGUUAAAAUAGAACAAUGAUAUUAAGGAGAAAAUGAAAGGAUGUAUCAGAAAUAAAGUGAUAAUGCAUAGGGGAAUUGUAUUUUUAUGAAUUUUAUGCCAGUUUACAUGUACUAUAUAUGUUAAAUAAAAAAGAUCAUGAAAAAUA